ACACUUAGUUGCCACCAAUGAAUGCUCUCCCUUCUUCUUCUUCUUUUCCGACCUGCUCUUGUCGUCUCUCAUCUCUCAUCCACAUGGAGUCUUCCAUCGCCCCCAUCCUCCUCUUGUUCUUCUCGCUCUUCUCCUCCUCCUCUGCGACUUCUCUCUUCCCUGAAGAAGCCCGCCCGACGAAGUCGGGCUACCUCCCCAUCGGCGCCGCUUCGUCGCCAUCCUCGGCGGCGCUCUUCUACGCCUUCUACGAGGCCCAGCAGCCGCUCUCCCCAAUUCCUCAGACCCCGCUCCUCGUCUGGCUCCAAGGCGGCCCCGGCUGCUCCUCCAUGCUCGGCAACCUCUUCGAGCUCGGCCCCUUCCUUGUCUCCCAUGACUCCCCCGCCCUCCGCCGCAACCCGGCCUCCUGGAACCGCCGUUUCGGUCUCCUCUUCAUCGAUAACCCCCUCGGCACCGGCUUCAGCGUUGCCCCCUCCCUCGCCGACAUCCCGCGCAACCAGUCCGCCGUUGCCGCCCACCUAAUCUCCGCUCUCCGCCACUUCCUCGACUCGGACCCCUCCUUUCCCCUCCGGCCCCUUUACAUAACCGGAGAGAGCUACGCUGGAAAAUACGUCCCCUCCGCCGGGUACUACAUCCUACGGCAGAACGCACAGCUGCCGCCAAACCGCCGAUUCAACCUCCGGGGCGUCGCUAUCGGCAACGGGCUCACGCACCCCAUCGUCCAGGUCGGCACCCACGCCGCCUCCGCCUACUUCACCGGCCUGAUCAACGAGCGUCAGAGAGCCCGGCUCGAGGAGUUGCAGGCCGAGGCCGUACAGCUCGUGUUGGCGGCGAAGUGGCCGGAGGCGGCGGACGCGAGGGACAGGGUCCUGAGGUGGCUGCAGAACGCCACGGGCCUGGCGACCCUGUAUGACCUGACCAAGAAAAGGCCCUAUGAGACCGGCAUGGUGGCCGUGCUCCUCAACAAGGACGAGGUGAAGGAAGCGCUGAGCGUGGCCGCGGGGGUGGCGUGGGAGGACUGCAGCGACGCGGUGGGGGAGGCCCUGUACGCCGACGUGAUGAAGAGCACCAUGUUCAUGGUGGAGGAGCUGGUGAGGAAGAGCAGGGUGCUGCUGUACCAGGGGGUGUUCGACCUCAAGGACGGCGUGGUAUCAACAGAGGCCUGGAUCAAGGAGAUGAAGUGGGAGGGGCUGCAGAGCUUCAUGAGGGCGAAGAGGGAGGUGUGGGAUGUGGACGGCGAGCUCGCCGGGUACGUGCAGCGCUGGGGAAGCUUGAGCCAUGUCGUCGUCUACGGGUCGGGCCACCUGGUUCCGGCCGACCAAGGGGAGGCGGCGCAGGCCAUGAUCGAGGACUGGGUCAUGGAGAAGGGCUUGUUUGGGGACGCUGCCGCUGCCAUUGUCUGAUGAACUCCAUGAUUCAAGCUGAAGCUUAAUGCAUCGAUUUGGGUGUUUGUUUGCAGUAUGUUACUGAAACAAUGCAAUCCUUUUGAGCAUAAUUCAUCAUUCAAUCAUCCAACUAUUUUAUGAGACAA